AAAAAAAACUUUCGGAUAAUAUCCUAUAUAAUCCGACGGAUAUGAACGAUGCGAAAACAGCGCAGCAUGUGCGGAUGUUCGUGAAGCUCGCGAACGUCACACAGACAUCGCAGCUGCACGAGUGGAACCUUGAGUCUCUUCAGAGAGCUCUGGAAUGGGCCUGUGCAGCUGAAGAUGCCGUGAGUGAGGGUGAGUCGCAGCAGGACGUUGAGACGCGUAUCCGUCAGUGGUUUCCAGUCGCCACUCUUCCCACGCUGCCGCUAGAUGGAGCUCUGACAGCGGAGGCUCUACGGCUCGCAAGGGUUCAUUUACUGCGGUCAAUUCUACAGAGUCCGUUCCUAGCGUCACAUCCGACACGGUCAGAACUGCUGGUCACGGUGCUUCAGGAGCUAGAAAGGAGACGUGAAGGCGCUUCAAUUGAUGAAUUGGAAGAGCAUUCACCCAAUAGUGCGCUGCUGACUGAAGGAGUCGUCGGAGCUUCGCGCACGAAUGCCAUGCUGGCCAUUGCACGCAGAAUGAGCGAAAGAUGCAAACGCGUUCGUGUGCAAGUGCUUUCCGGGUGGGUAUUGGUGGCCCCACUUAAGAGCUACGCACUCUCGCCGCGCACGCUUCAGCUGAAGGCAAUGGCCAAGACAUUGCAGCGAAAUGCAGUGGAUGCUCGGGCUGCAGUAAAUCCGGAAACAUACCACUGCUUUCUGAAUGACUUGCAAGGCUGCUUUGAAGCACCUGACAGUAAAGAUGUCCGGGAAGUUGUAGUGCUGAUGCUGGUCAUGUGUGAGUGGCCCAAGGAAGAGCCCCCGCAACUUCAGGGAAUGAUGGAAGAUCUUGUAAAACUCGUGAGUGGCUGGGUAACGCGCAAGCCUAUUCGGUUAUGGGUGUUCCAUCCUUGGUUGGCUGCCAUGUUGGCAAGUAAAUCGCAAGCUAUCGCAAGCGCUUAUGUAUCCGAACUGUUCAAGACGGGACUCUUACAACCAUGUACGACUUUACAUGAGCCUUGUCCUAUUCGUGUGGAUACGCAUUAAUAUUGUUUGCAUCCAGGGGAGCGAGAGUUUGUAGAGCGUGUAGCAACGCUUGUCUUGCAGCCAGAAGGCGUGGAGGACGUAUUGAAACCAGCGCUAACAAAGCUGGACCCCCAUUUACAGCACGUCUACUUCAACGUGAACUUAAAACCCGAUCGUUCAUAAAGACCACGCUACGCUCAAGUAUUUAGGACCGUCUUGGUAUUAAUGUGCAUACCGGCGCAAAACAUUGACGACUUCAUGAUGACCUUUGCGCAGUGCUAGAUCUGUAGCAGUGAGGUGAGGCACUUCCAGAAGCGGUAGUGUUGUAUCAGCGCCACCUUCGUCGAUUAACGCGACGCAACACUCGGUGAACCCCUCUUCUCCAGCGAUCACCAGGGCGGUGAAUCCAAAACGAUUUCGCUGGUUAACCAGUGUUCGAGUCCAUUCUUCAUCGAGGAACGAGGACUGACGAAGAUGCCGUAACAUCAGUUGCAACGAGGUUACCGCGUUCGCCGCUGUAGCGAGAUGUAGAAUUGAGUUUCCAUCGGCAUCCGUCACGAGGACACCCGCUCCAUGCCUACAGCCACAGUUAAUCUUUAAUAUGAACUGGAAUCUUACAUUGUGA